AUGUCGGACUCAGAAGAAGACAUCGAUAUAACCCCCUUCUUCCCACGGUAUCUCUUCCCGGACGGCGACUACGCACUCGACGGUAUCGGACUUCGCGCCCAACUCCUGGGCCUCACGACCGGGUUAUCCAUCUCAGCUACGAUAGCUCUUUCGAUCUAUGGGAGAUACUAUCAUGCGUCGAUGUUUAUAUUCUGCUUGAGUGUUUUUCAUUUUUUGGAGUUUUGGAUCACGGCGAGGUAUAAUACUCGACGGGCGAAUCUGGGGAGCUUCCUCUUCGCAAACGGCAAAGAAUACAACCUAGCCCACACAAUAGCCCUAACAGAAUACUUCCUCGAAUCCCACUUCUUCCCAUCCUUCCUCCCCUCCCGCUCCCUCAUAACCCUCGGUCUCCUCCUAAUCCUCACAGGCCAACUACUACGUUCCCUAGCAAUGGCUCACGCCUCAACAUCCUUCAACCACCACGUUGCAUACGUAAAAGAGGUAGAUCAUAGACUGGUUACGACGGGGGUAUACAGAUGGUUUAGACAUCCCAGUUAUUUGGGGUUUUGGCUGUGGGGAUUGGGGACGCAGGUUAUGAUGGGGAAUCCGGUUAGCUUUUUGGGGUAUAUGAUUGUGCUUUGGAGGUUUUUUAGGGGGAGGAUAUAUUGUGAGUUCUUUUCUUCCUCUUCUUUCUUUCUUUUCUUUGGUUUGGAGACCGGUGGCUAA